UUCAAAAAUAUCUUCUAGAUGCUUACCAUAUUCAGCAACAAAAAAUGGCAAUGAAUCUGACUAUUAUACAAGAUCAACAAUCAAGCAUUUCAGAUGAAUCAAUUACACCUUCUAUGUCAGCUUCAAAUUAUUCAAUUGUUUCAAACAAUAAUUAUUUUACACACUUACCAAUUGAUGCAUAUGAAUCUAAUAAGUUAUUAUUGGAGGGUAUAAUAGAAGGUGGCACACCUUUUUCAUUUGUGGAUUCAAAAAAAUUUAAACAAUUUGUUUACUCAAUUAAUACAAAUUAUCAUGUCCCAGCAAGAAGACAACUUUCAAAAAAUGUUCUUAAUGAUGUUUACAAAAAGGUUCAAAUGUCAAUUCAGCAAUUUAUUUGCAAAUCUAAUUGGAUUUCUAUUGCAACUGAUGGAUGGACAAAUCUUCACCAAGAUCAUAUUAUAAACUUUAUGGCAAUUGGUAAAAAUCGAAGAUCUGCAAAUACAGUAUCAGAAAAUCAACACAUUAUCGAACCACUACUAGCGGCUACAAAUUUUCUG